AUGAGGUGUCCUUCCAUUGCGCGGUUGCCAUACCGUGCUGUCUCUGGUUUGACCAGAUCUCCUGUCAGACUUCAAUCUCAGACUCUCCUAUCCAAACGAUGCGCGUCAACGGCCGCCCUCCGUUCCGCGACUCCGGUCUACCAGUCAGUACUGAACAGGCGCUAUCAGCAAACGAGAAAUGCAUCGGGUACUGCGGCAGCUGUUCUGGAGGCGGCUGCUCAGUCACCAGACAGCUUGUCACAGGAGGCAAUCAUCGAGAACCUUAACCCCGUAGAGGCGGAGAGGUUAUCUCGAGUUCGCAAUAUCGGUAUUGCUGCACACAUCGACAGUGGUAAGACCACAUGUACCGAACGAGUUCUUUUCUACACCGGCCGUAUCAAGGCAAUCCACGAGGUUCGAGGUCGCGACAGUGUUGGAGCGAAAAUGGACUCCAUGGACUUGGAACGUGAAAAGGGUAUCACCAUCCAGUCGGCUGCUACAUUUUGUGACUGGGUCAAGAAGGAUGAAGAGGGAAAGGACCAGAAAUACCAUAUGAACUUGAUCGACACCCCGGGCCACAUCGAUUUCACCAUUGAGGUCGAGAGAGCGCUGCGCGUUCUUGACGGGGCCGUCAUGAUUCUCUGCGCUGUUUCCGGUGUGCAGUCUCAGACAAUCACAGUCGACCGUCAGAUGAGACGCUACAACGUCCCUCGAAUUUCAUUUGUGAACAAGAUGGACCGCAUGGGUGCCAACCCAUUUAAAGCCAUUGAUCAAAUUAACUCUAAACUCAAGAUGCCUGCGGCAGCAGUUCAGGUUCCUCUUGGUGCUGAGGACGAAUUUGAGGGUGUAAUUGAUUUGGUUCGCAUGAAGGCCGUUUAUAACCAUGGCCCUAGCGGGGAAGAUAUUGUCAUCAAGGAUGAAAUCCCGGCGAAGGUCAAAGAGAUUGCCGAGGAGAGGAGAAGGAUGCUUAUCGAAACUCUCGCUGAUGUCGAUGAUGACAUGGCAGAACUUUUCUUGAGCGAGGUCGAGCCCACCGAGACGCAAAUUAGAGACGCUAUUCGCCGGGCAACCAUUGGCCUGAAGUUCACUCCUGUUUUCAUGGGUUCUGCGCUCGCCAACAAGUCUGUGCAGCCUAUGCUGGAUGGUGUUAUUGACUAUCUGCCCAACCCAUCCGAAGUCCAAAACCUUGCCCUUGACAAGAAGCGCAAGGAGGCCCAAGUGAAGCUUGUUCCUUACAACUCCCUUCCAUUGGUCUGCCUUGCCUUCAAGUUGGAGGAGAAUAGCUUUGGACAGCUGACAUUCAUCCGUGUGUACCAAGGUACCCUCCGGAAGGGUACAUACGUCUAUAACGCGCGUACCGACAAGAAAGUGAGGAUCCCCCGCAUUGUCCGCAUGCACUCCAACGAAAUGGAAGAUGUAUCGGAAAUCGGAGCCGGUGAGAUCUGUGCUGUGUUUGGUGUUGACUGUGCGUCGGGUGACUCGUUCACCGACGGCCAACUCGGUUACACCAUGUCUUCGAUGUUCGUUCCGGAGCCCGUCAUUUCACUUUCGAUCAAGCCGAAGCACAACAAGGACUACAACAACUUCUCCAAGGCCAUGGCCCGCUUCCAAAGAGAGGAUCCUACUUUCAGAGUAACCUUCGACUCCGAGAGUGAGCAAACCCUGAUCUCUGGAAUGGGUGAACUUCACUUGGACAUCUAUAUUGAACGUAUGCGUCGUGAAUACCGCGUCGACUGCGAGACUGGACCCCCCCAGGUUGCCUACCGAGAAACCAUUGGACAACGUGUUGAGUUCGACCAUCUACUUAAGAAACAAUCGGGAGGUCCUGGCGACUUUGCCCGUGUUGUUGGUUGGAUGGAGCCUACCGGCAAGCUCGAAGAGAACGAUUUUGAAGAACAGAUUGUUGGUGGAACUAUUUCAGAGAAGUUCCUUUUCGCGUGUGAAAAGGGAUUCCACCUCUCUUGUGAUAAGGGUCCUCUCAUCGGCCACAAGGUUCUCGGGACCAGGAUGGUUAUCAACGAUGGUGCUACCCACAUGACCGAUUCGUCAGAAAUGGCCUUCAAGAACGCCACCCAACAGGCCUUCCGUAAGGCAUUCCAGGAGAGUAACCCUGCUGUUCUCGAGCCUUUGAUGAAGACUGUAGUAACUGCGCCUGCCGAGUUUCAGGGUGAUGUCAUUGGUCUUCUGAACAAGCGUGGUGCUACCAUCAACGACUCCGAAGUCGGUGUUGAUGAGUUCACCGUCUACGCUGACUGUAGUUUGAACGGCAUGUUCGGCUUCAGUUCCAAUCUUCGUGCUGCCACCCAAGGCAAGGGCGAGUACACCAUGGAGUUCAGCCACUACGAAAAGGCACCUCCUCAGGAGCAGAGAGAACUCAUCAAGAAGUACCUGCAGGCCCAAGCCGACAGGCACAAGAAAUAG